AUGCCAUCACCAUUUACUCGAUCGAAAAAGCUAAAACGAACACCAGUUAAGCGUGGGACGACAUCACCGAAACCAACAUCAUCACAACAACAGCUAGUAGAAGACAAUUCCGACGAAAUGGAGGUACAGCUGAAAGUGUUGGAGAAGCAACGGGAAGCAGUGUGUGGAAAGCUUAGUCGUGUGUGUGCAGCUUUGUGUGACAGUGCAGAGCAGCCUAACCUCAACGUAAAAAACGUGCGCUUCCUUCAACUCCAGGAAAAGGCUUUAGAAAACAUCUAUAGUGAGUGCAACGAAAUACAGAACAAAAUCUACGAGUUAUCGCUGCACGAUGACCAAGACAAAGAGCAGAAUGACAAAUACAUCGAAUUUGAGACACGUUUCAAUGACGUUUCGUUGAAACUGACCGCGUGUUUCGAUGCCGUAACGAAAGUUGAAGUAGCCGUUCCACCUGCUCCCCCACUGACCCAGCAGCAGGCUCAGCCCUACCUCCCUCCGUUGCAAGUGCCCCUACCGACAUUUGAUGGGUCAUACGAAAAGUGGUAUUCGUUCAAGGCGAUGUUCACCACGGUGAUGAACCGAUACCAGCAAGAAGAACCGGCCCUGAAGCUUUUUCAUUUGCGAAACUGCCUUGUCGGAAAGGCGGCUGGUAUCAUCGACGAUGAGCUGGUAAACAACAACGACUACGAAGCUGCCUGGAAGGUUCUCACUCAGCGGUAUGAAGACAAAAGACUGGUUGUGGAUAAGCACAUUGAAAACCUUUUCAGCUUACCCAAGAUUAACCAGGACAAUGCUUCGAGCCUUCGUAAAGUGAUUGACACCUGCACUAAAAACGUUGAGGCGUUGAAGAAUCAGAACCUUCCGGUAGGUGGUCUCGGUGAGCAAAUGUUGGUCAACCUUAUAGCUGGUAAGUUAGACAAGAAGUUGCGAGUGGCUUGGGAGACGAAACAAAGGAAGAACUUACUUUCUUCCUACGCCGCUAUGAUGGAGUUUUUGGAGGAGCAGUGUCGAAUUUCUGAGAAGCUCGAUACCAGCGUGAAAACAUCGACGGAAGGUACAAAGCCGAAAACAGUGGCAAGGAGCCUGGUAGUGAGUGAACCUAAACCGUUAGCGAAGUGUCCAGUAUGCAGUGCUGCUCAUGAACUCCGAGCUUGUGAACCUUUCAGGGCUAAAGGUGUUAAGGAAAGGUUCGAGAUUGCAAAACGGUGCGGUGUUUGCUUCAAUUGUCUCUCCAAAGGCCAUCAAUUGCGAGCAUGUUUAUCCAGUUUUUGCCGUCGUUGCGGUAAGAAACAUCAUAGCUUACUCCAUGAAGAUUCCCCAAGUCAGGUUGCAACUAACGUAGGUCAAACGACAUCUAGUGAAUCAGUGAUAGAAGAAUCCCAAACAGCCAACGUACAAGCUGAAACACCGACAACCCUGUGCGCGAGUGACGUGGAACCGGAGAAGCAGACCGUCCUUUCGACUGCCAUUGUUUUAGUGGAUGGUUUGUGCGAUUCUCCCUACCCUUGUAGAGUGGUAUUAGACUCUGCUUCGCAGAUGAACUUUGUCACCGAGCGAUUUGCAAACCUUCUCUCCCUUAAGACAAAACCCGCUGACGUCACGGUUAGUGGUCUGAACGGCAAUAGAACUCGUCUUUGCCGUAAACUGCGCACGACGAUCAGGUCUCGUGCCAGUGACUUUACAGCUGAGUUAGACUUCCUAGUGACACCACGAAUCACUGGGGAACUUCCGACGAAGUCUUUCGACAUAUCACAGUGGCCCAUCUCGAGCGAACAGGUGCUGGCCGACCCUACCUUCAACAGAAGAGGACCUGUCGACAUGCUGAUUGGCGCUGGAAGUUUUUGGAACCUGAUGCUUGACGGCCGAUGUGAACUCGGUCCGAACCGACCUGCGCUGCGAUACACAAAGCUGGGUUGGAUCGCUGGAGGUGUGAUCGCGAGCGACACGACGGUCGUUGCGCGUACACUUUGCCAAACUGCUGACGAUGAGCCGCUCAUCGAACUGCUGAGGAACUUCUACAAGGUAGAAUCCUGCGACGAGCUCCGCCCUUCCCCGAAGGCGGAUGACGAAGCGUGCCUGGAACACUUCCAGCGCACACACGAGCGAACUAAGGAGGGACGGUAUGUAGUACGAUAUCCGUUCAACGAACGUAAACGCGAGCUUGGCGGCUCGCGAGACACAGCGCUGCGACGUUUUCUGGCUUUGGAGCGAAAACUUGACAAGCAGCCGGACUUAAAGGAGCAAUAUUCGCGGUUCAUCCGAGAAUAUGAGGAUCUCGGACACAUGCGCGAGAUUGUGGAAACACUGAAUGACGACCCAGGAUCGGUGUUUUAUCUACCGCACCACUGCGUGCUGCGGCCUACGAGCACGACAACCAAGCUGCGAGUCGUGUUUGAUGGAUCAGCGAAGACGUCAACCGGCGUCUCGAUCAACGACGUUUUGAUGACUGGACCGACGGUUCAGAACGAUCUUACUGCAAUUUUGCUUCGUUUCAGAGGAUUUCAGUACGUCUUCACACUCGACAUUCCGAAGAUGUUUCGUCAAGUGGUGGUCCAUCCGGAUGACACAAGGUACCAGCGAAUCUUUUGGAGGUACAAUCGGAACGACCCACUUACGGUGCGAGAGCUGCUGACAGUUACGUAUGGCUUGGGACCUUCCCCGUUUCAAGCAACCAUGGCUCUGAAGCAAGCUGCAGAAGAUCAUCACGAUGAGUUCCCAAGGGCCGCAAAGGUGGUCAACAGGGAGACAUACAUGGAUGAUAUCCUGACUGGUGCCGAUACCCUUGCUGAGGCUUGCCAACUACAGCGAGAUGUGACUGGACUACUAGCGAAAGCCUGCUUCAGCGCUCACAAGUGGUGCGCCAACCAUUCAGAUAUCGUUUUAGGUGUAGCUGAAGAACAACGAGGAGACACUUUCGAGGUUACGGACGACACCUCGAAGACCAUCGUUAAGACACUGGGCGUGACAUGGAACCCGUUGGAGGACUGGUUCUCGGUGUCCGUUCCUGACUUUGACAACCCAGAAGGAAUGACUCGAAGGAAACUUCUGAGUCAACUGGCCAAAAUCUUCGACCCACUUGGAUUCUUUGGCCCAGUAAUCACCUACGCGAAGCUGAUCUUGCGAGAAGUAGGUGAACUACAAAUCGAUUGGGACGACUCCAUCCCAACCGAAAUCGACGAGAAGUGGCGAAACUUUCGGACCGAGAUGACAUCACUGAGGGAAAUCCGAGUUCCGAGAUGGAUUUCCUGGAAGGAUGUGUUCCAGCUGAGACUACAAGGGUUCGCUGACGCAUCCGACCAAGCCUACGGUGCCUGCUUGUACGUGCAGGGCACUUUCACCGACGAGGAGUCCAAGAUGCAGCUUGUUUGCAGCAAGUCUCGGAUCCUACCGAAAAAACGAAGUCCGAAGGAGAAGGCCAUCACGACCCCUCGAGCCGAACUGUUAGCGGCACUGUUACUGGCUCGAAUGGUCGUGAAGUUCCUGAACGCUACGGAGCUUAAGUUUGAAUCAGUACAUCUUUGGAGCGACUCAAAAAUCGUCUUGGCUUGGGUCAAGAAAACGCCAGAACUACUGCAGACAUACGUAUCAAAUCGGGCAAGCGAGAUCCAGCAGCUUAGCCAAUCCUUCCACUGGCAUUACAUUUCCACACAUGACAACCCGGCCGAUUUGAUUUCACGUGGAGUUACACCGAGGAAAUUAAUAGGUUCAACUAUUUGGUGGCGGCCCCGACCAACACAGCACCUCAUGAAGGAUGAGGACGAAGUGGAAAUUCCGGAUAAUGAGCUGCCGGAAAUGCGAGCUGGAGUGGCUUUAGCCAUGACUGUUCCGAUCGAACGUUUUCCGAUCUUUGACAGGUUGAGCAGUUACACACAGAUUGUAAGGAGUAUGGCCUACUUGGUGCGACUAGCUAGGUUCAUCAAGUCACGCAAAAGGGAGGUGGUAAAGGGCCGACUGACAGCGAAGGAAGUGCGUACAGCGACGCUCUUAAUAGUACGACUGGUUCAACGCGAGACUUUCCAGCCCGAAAUCAUCGCACUUAUGGACGGUGCGAAUACAAAACAUCGACUUAAUGGACUACAAGCGUUUUUGGAUCCUGACGAUGGGAUCAUACGAGUUGGAGGCAGAAUCAAGCGAGCCUUCAUACCUUACGACAGUCGACAUCAGAUGCUGUUGCCGGCUAAGCAUCCAAUCAGUGAAGCUCUCGUUCGCGAACUACACAUCGACAACCUACACAUCGGGCAAAGAGGUUUGCUUGCAGUUGUACGUCAACGGUACUGGCCACUGAAUGUGAAGAAUACUAUUCGAAAGGUGAUACGGAAGUGCAUCGUGUGUUUCAAGGCAAAUCCGUUGAAGACGACGCAACUGAUGGGUGACCUACCGUCGUAUCGCGUCCAGCCAGCCCCCGUCUUUUCGAAUACCGGUGUGGACUACGCCGGUCCCUUCUGGAUAAAAUCAACUAAUUCUCGCAAACCGCAAAUCACCAAGGCGUACGUGUGCUUGUUUGUGUGUUUGCAGACUCGGGCGGUUCACUUGGAAUUGGUUUCAGACUUGACGACUGACGCAUUUCUAGCGAGUUUGAGACGGUUCAUCAGUCGACGUGGAUGCCCAAAAACGAUACGCUCUGACAACGCGACUAAUUUUGUCGGAGCUAAAACCGAAUUACAUGAACUUUGGCGUAUGUUCGAGAACGAUUGCGCUACGAAAAAGAUCACCAACUAUUGCGUCGACAAGGGUAUUGACUGGUCGUUCAUACCACCACGAAGCCCACACUUUGGUGGCAUUUGGGAGGCUGGUGUGAAGCAGGUCAAAUACCACCUAAAACGUAUUGUUGGCGAUAGGAAGCUGUCUUACGAGGAGCUUUACACGACAUUGACCCAGAUAGAAGCGGUACUAAACUCUCGUCCCUUGGUACCGAGUUCAGAUGACCCAUCCGACUACACUGCGAUCACGCCUGCACAUUUCCUGAUCGGACGUGAGAUGCAGACGGUUCCUGAACCUGACUACUCUACCUUGAAGGAAAAUCAUCUCUCACGAUGGCAGUUAGUGCAGUCCAUGCUGCAACACUUCUGGAAACGAUGGACCGCCGAAUAUCUGCCGGAGCUGCAGAAUCGAUCGAAAUGGCUGAAGCGAAAGUUGAUUAAAGUAGGAUCACUUGUGCUACUAGCUGACCAGAAUGCGCCACUACUGCAGUGGCCACUUGCCAGAAUCGUUGCCGCACACCCUGGAGACGAUGGUACAAUUCGUGUCGUUACCGUUAAGACGGCGAAUGGAGCGGAAUUCAAGCGUGCGGUAACUGAGGUCUGUUUUCUACCGUUAGACGAGGAUGAAAAUUGA